UGAUCCAAUAUCUUAAGUCAAUACAAAGCCCAAACCACUUCAAACAACCGAAUAGCUUCGGAGUUUCUGGAAGAUACUGUCACUGCACGCGAACAUCCCGCUCUACUUGCUCCUCCGUUAGUUUUCAUCGGCGUCCGAUCUCCGACCACCGUGUAAAUCACUUCACAGAGAUCCGUCUAAUUUAUAAAUAACCAGUAAUUAGAAGUGAAAAAAAUGGUGGAAUUUUCCAUGGCCAAUGCCGAAGCAUUUAUAGAUGAAGAUGAUGAACUGGAUGAAGAGCCAGGGGAAGAGAUAGAAUCAGCACCACCGCUCAAUGUUGGUGAACAAAGGGAAAUUAACUCAAAUGGACUUAAGAAGAAGCUUCUUAAGCAUGGCCAUGGUUGGGAGACCCCUGAAUUUGGUGAUGAAGUCACCGUUCAUUAUGUUGCUAUUCUACUUGAUGGAACCAAAUCUGUUUCCACCAUGGACAAAGGUGAGCCUGUUACAUUCAAGCUUGGUCAAGAGAAAGUUUCUGCUGGCUUAGACUGCGGCAUUGUCACGAUGAGGAAAGGUGAAAGAGCAUUGUUCACUUUUCCUUGGGAAACUGGUUUUGGAUCGUCAGACUCGGAUGCAGUUUCAUCGAAUAUUAUCAUUCAGUUUGAAGUCGAACUUGUAUCAUGGAUCACACUGGUGGAUGUCUGCAAGGAUGGUGGUAUUAUCAAGAAAAUUAUGGAGAAGGGGGAGCUGAUAGGACCUCCUGGUGACUUGGAUGAAGUUCUAGUGAGGUAUGUGGUAAGGCUGCUUGACGGCAUCACUGUUGCAAAAACACCUGAACAUGGAGUGGAGUUUUAUGUCAAAGAUGGCCAUUUUUGUCAAGCAUUACCAAAAGCGAUCAAAACAAUGAGAAAGCGGGAGAAAGUGAAUUUAAUUGUUCAGCCUCAGUAUGCCUUUGUUGACAAGGAUAAGGACUCUGAAAGUGGCGUCCCUUCAAUUCCUCCAAGUUCUAUUCUGAGUAUUGAUCUUGAACUAGUUUCUUUCAAGCCGGUAAUAAAUGUGACUGGUGAUUUGGGAGUUUUAAAGAAGAUUCUAAAAGAGGGAGAAGGCACUCUUACUGCAGACGAAGGUGCUGCUGUAACUAUUAGAUAUACAGCUAAGCUUGUGGACGGCACUUUGCUUGAGAAAAGAGGCUUUGAUGGAGAAGACACAUUGAAGUUUUUAACUGAUGAAGAACAAGUCAUUGCUGGACUGGACCAAGCUGUUACUACAAUGAAGAAGGGUGAACACGCAAUAGUGACAGUUAAACCUGACUAUGGAUUUGGAAAUACUGAAGUGAAGCGGGAUCUUGCUAUGGUUCCUCCUUGCUCAACCAUAAUUUUCGAAGUUGAGAUGUUGGAGUUCACAAAGGAAAAAGAUCCUACGGAAAUGAAUAAGCAUGAGAGAAUCCAAGUGGCCCAGAGGAAGAAAGAAGAAGGCAACCUGCUCUUCAAAAAGGGGAAGUAUCAAAGAGCAGUGAAGAAAUAUGAGAAGGCUAUUGAUUGUAUUAAUGAAGAUGAACCUUUUGAAGAUGAUGAUCAAAAGAUAGUUAAAUCAUUGAGAGUGUCAUGCUGGUUGAAUGGUGCUGCUGCUUUUCUCAAACGGAAUUAUUUCCAGGAAGCAAUCAAGCAAUGCUCCAAGGUCUUAGAAGUUGAGUCCUGCAAUGUGAAAGCAUUAUAUAGGAGAGCACAAGCAUUUAUGGAAACAGCUGAUCUGCACUUGGCGGAAUUGGAUAUCAAUAAGGCACUAGAAAUAGAUCCACAAAACAGGGAGGUGAAACUGAUACAGAAGACACUAAAACAACUCCAAGCAGAGAGCAACAAGAGAGACGCAAAGCUCUAUACAACAAUGUUUGCACGCUUGUCAAAUGAGAACUCUUCGGCAGCAAAGAGAUUAAAAGUUGAAGAAACAGAGAGCAAUAAUGAAGAAAAUGUUGGUGAAAUCAACAUGCGCUGACAAUUGAUUGGAAGUUGAAUCUAAAUGAAGAAUUGUACUUUACAUAUUUUCUAAAACUAACCCAGAGUCUUGAGCUGGGAGUUUAUUGAAAACAACCUCUUUAAUUACCUUUGUGGUGAUCUGCAUAAACCACCCCACACUCUCUAUACCCCACUUGUUUUGGGAAUAUUUUGGGUAUGUUGUUGUCCUUAACAACGAGCAGGUAUAGACAAGAUAAUAGAGAGAGGUCUCUUGUCACAGAAACCACCUUUGUACCUCUGGAAAUACGUGGUUUCAAUUCUAUUUUAAACGUAAAUUGAUGCUU